AUGGAAGAUAACCCAAGAAUUCCCAUGGAAAAAGCAGGCAAGAUCAUCAGAAGAUCAAUCUAUAUUUUCUUUCAAAAUUAUCAAUACUUCACCUCAAUUGCAGCCUUCCUUGCCUUCCCUUUCUCAGUCUCAAUUAUGCUUUCACUAGCACUAGUCCCAUCCUCAACAUCUCUCUUGCCAACAAUAUACAAUCGCUUGGAGAAUCUCUUCAAUGCUGCAGGAUUCCCUCCCUCAUCAGAAUUCUUCAGAUUCCUCAAUCUGAAGCUCUCCCAAACAAUCUCUUCAUCCAUCUUUACACUGCCCUUCACCCUCACUUUCUUUCUUUUCUCCAAAGCAUCUGUAAUCCAAGCUCUUAAUCAAUAUAAACCAACUUCACCACAUUCUUUCUCUUCUUUUAUUUCCAUUUUCAAUCCUCUCCUCCUUACCCAUAUCUGCAACUCGAUAUUGAUCAUCUCUGCAAAUGCAACAGCCUUCUGUCUCUUAUUCCUUUCUUUUAAUUUUCUUGAAGGGUUUGGCUUCUCAUCGCGCAACAGCCUUCUCCUCCUCUCAGCUGCUGGAGUAGUUCUUUAUUCUGUUCUUCUUGCCAAUGCACUCAUAAUAUGCAACCUGUCGUUGGUUUUAUCCGGCACAGAAAGAUCUGGCGGAUACCUGGCGAUUCUCAAGGCCUGUGUAAUGAUUCGCGGAAGGACUUCAACAGCACUCUCACUUGCCCUCCCUGUCAAUUUAUCCUUGACUGGGAUUGAAGCUCUGUUCCAACAUCGCAUUGUGAGAGCUUCUCAUAUAGGCCAAACACCAACUUCUUUGAUGGCUCUUGAGGGGAUGUUAAUCGCAUACUUGUAUUCAAUCUUUCUUGUUCUUGAUACCAUUGCCACUUUCAUCUUCUUCAAAAGCUGCAAGGCCAGUUCUUGCAUAGAUCAAAAAGGCAGGUACGCUUACAGGGUUGAAAUUGUAGAGGAAGAUAAUGCUGGUUAUGUGAGCUUAAAGGUCUCGCAAGAGCUUCCAUAA